AUGCUGGCCAGCUCCUCGUCCAGCCAGAAGGGGUUUUCCACGUCCAGUCAGCCCUCGCAGAGUCUGAAGCAGACGCAGACCGACGUCCAGACCAUCGGCCGGACCAGCAUCGAUCGCGAGGGCACUGGGCUGCAGAUUCCCAAUGGCGGGGCUUCCAGGAACUUGUCGGCUUCGGCCGUCUCGUAUGCUCCGCGAGCCAGCAGUCUCAAUCCUGGCGCUGGCCCCGGCAGCUUCAGCUCCGAGCUGCGCAGCCAGAUGAUACCCAUCCGGUCUGGCAGCCGGACCGACGCGGGGCCUGUAUACCCAAACAGCUUCGUGGACAAGGUGGAGGAUGGCGAGAUUGCCGAGCAGAAUCUCUCGAUGCUGCGGGACAAGCUCAACAGGGAGAUGAAGAUCAAGGAGGGCAGCGAGAACAUGCUCGAGGCACUCAACCUGAAGAAGCCCAAGCAGACAAAGGAGCAGCGCCAGAGGGUCGAGGCUGAGCUGACCGCCAGCCAUUCGCGCAUCAAGGUGCUGAAGCAGCAGAUCUCGGAUGCCCAGGCCACCAGAGUGGCUCCGCCCAGCACGCCUCCCAGAAGUAGAGCUCAGCAAGAUGCCGCUGCUCUACAUCGCUCACCACAUAGUCUCCGAUCGGGUCCUGGCUCAGAUAUCGAAGAAUCUACCGAGAAUCCGACAUUUACCUUGGCCGAGCUCCUCCAAGCGCUGGAAGUUGGGGGGAUGACUCCCGACUACUACGUGACUCGCGCGAAUCUUCUGGUCGACCUGUUCAAAAGGUAUCCGACCCUUAAAUACGACCUGGUGUGGUCUGUCUUUGGCCUCCGCAUGCAGAUGAUGCUACUCAGCGAAAGUCGAGAGGUUGUCGCGGCUGGCUAUCGCGCGACGAGAUAUGCGAUUUCGGAUCGAAACUCUCUUAAGAAGAUCAGGAGUUUGAAUACCGACUUUUUAGUUAUACGCUCGUUGAACAAUUAUCGAAAGGCAGAUGUUGAACGAGAGCAGGCUCUCAAAUUUGUGCGAGCGUUUCUUGACGUUAAGGACGGAGUCAAAGAGAUCUCGCGCGCCGUUGUGCGGACCAUUGUAGCCGUUGCCGAGUACGGCGAUGAUCGAUCUGGCUCGGCUCAACCAACUGAACAAAAUACAGAUCGCCUGCGGCCGAUUUGCAUCGAGACUCUCGCCGAGAUUAUGGUGCGAGACCCUCGUCUGCUCCUUGCUUCAGGUGGUCUUGGCCCUCUCUCUGAGGCUCUCGCCGAGGGAACUUACAAGGCCCCCGAGAGUCUUACAUCUGCCUUCCUCUAUCUCCUGGAUACGCCGCAUAGACGGAAAUUCAUCCAGCCGGGAUAUGGCCUUGAUGUGGUCUUUAACGCCUUCACAAGCCAACUUGCUCUUAACGAUGUCGUACUGAAGCAGAACUGCAAAGCCAUCUCUGUCGCUAUGCGAUCAUGGUCUGGCCUCAUGACACUCUGCAUGUACGACUUUCGGUCCAUUCGAUCUCUGAUUAUAAGCAUCUCCCUCCCCAAUCCUGCCAUCCGAGAAACAAUUUUGGACCUGCUCUUUUCGCUCCUUCGCAUCAAACCACCCGCCUGGGCGGUGUCAUUCUUGGCAGGACGUAGGUUGACUACCUACGGAAGGGUGAAUAACCUGAAUUUAAAAACUGAGAGCAAGGAUAGAGGGUAUCUAGAAGAGGAUACCGGGGAGCAAAAUUUCGUGGACCAUUACACAGCGCUGAUUCUAGCGGUUCUGAUCAAAUCAGGGCUUAUCCAAACCCUGCUACAAGUUGCCCGCUCCGAAAACGACACCAUGAUAAAGCGCAAGACGACGCUGUUGAUCGGCGAGGCGCUCAAGCUGGCGGCUAGGCUGCUUCCCCCCUCAUGGAGCGCAGAAAUACAACUCUUGCCGGAACUCUUUUCGGCAGCGGCCAAGUUUAGUGACAGCCAGUCCUAUAUUGCGUCGGGAAUUGUAUAUCAGAUGAGCAGCAUCAACCGCACAUUAUACCGGAGUGCACCGGCAGAUUCUUUGGCUGGCAUUCUACCUUCGAGUGACAGCAUGAACGAUCUAGCUCUCCUUGACGACCAACGCAAGGCGGGAUCUACAGUGGCGUUUGAUGAUGCCACGUUCCGUCAGCUUCUUAUUGACACUGGUGUGCUCAACAGCUCCAACUAUUCCAAAUGGAAUUGGGAGAAUAUCAUCAAGGUCAUUGAUGGUCCUUUACAAGUCGGCAAGAGGCUUGAAGAGGCCAUUAAAGCCUCCAAGUUUAUGAAGAGAAUCAUGAGCUUUUACAGGCCGUUCAAGUACAAAUUUGCCGAUGUCCGAAAUACGCGAAACGCGCAAAAGUAUGUCAGGGCUGGCUGUGCUCUGGUACACUCCUUGCUACAGUCGCCAGAGGGAGUCAGAUUUUUGGCAGAUAGCAAACUGCUAAGGCAGAUUGCAGAAUGUCUGGCACAGUGCGAUCCGACCAGUGGACUCACCGCACAGUAUCCCAUGUUUUCUAAGGACAGGCUAACGGAUACCCUCUGUGCUGGCUAUUUCCCUAUGCUUGGAGUGCUCACUGGCGAUCCAAAGGGUUUGGCUAUGCUUGAGAGGUGGCGCAUGUUCAACAUGAUGUACCAUAUUUACGAACUGACUCAGCGCCCAGAUCUUAUCAAGCUCCUCCUAUCUAGCUUUGACUAUAGCCUCCAGGGUCACCAUCGAAUCUUGCUGUCGAAGGCGCUGACAGCGGGCACGAAAGAGAUCCGAAUCCACGCCACAAACACGCUUCGGAAAUGCACUCUUCGAAGGUUACCGUCCAUUGACGGCCGCGGCGAAGUGAGCGACUCGAAAUGGGCCAUCCAGCUCCUAGUCACCCAGCUAUACGACCCAGAAAUUGAGGUUUGCUCUACCGCGGUCAAAAUACUGGAGAAGGCCUGCAACAGAAAAGCCUACUUGGCAUACAUUGUCGAGUGUCGCCCGGCUUUGGAUCACCUCGGCGAAAUUGGAGCGCCACUCUUGCUGCGAUUCCUGUCCACCUCCAUCGGAUAUCACUAUCUAGAUGGUCUUGAUUACAUUAGCAACGAAAUGGAUGACUGGUUCUUGGGAAGAAACGAUUCUUAUGUCGGGCUUAUCGAGGCUAGCUUGGCCAAGGCAUUCCUAACGGACGCAGACGAGCAUCAUCAUCGCCUUAGUGUAUUUGAUGAGCACGAGGCGGAAACCGAUUAUCACGACAGCCACAUACCACCCCACUUUUACAGAGAGUUGACGAGAACUCAAGAGGGCUGCAAGCUGCUCAGCGACAAGGGCCACUUUGAAGAGUUUGCCAACACAAUUCGUGACCAUGGCAUGCAAUCCGAGGACCCCGAGCUGAUUACGAAAGUAAAGGGCUGCCUUUGGGCUGUGGGCAACGUAGGAUCUAUGGAACUGGGUGCGCCAUUCUUGGAGUCUACAGAUAUGGUCGAGCAAAUUAUCAGAAUUGCAACAAGACACGAAGUGAUGAGUCUCCGUGGAACAGCCUUUUUCGUUCUCGGCCUUAUUUCUCGGUCGACACAUGGGCUUGAAAUUCUAUCGGAACACGGAUGGGAUGCAAAUACUACGCUGAUGGGCAAUUCCCUUGGCUUUUGCAUUCCUUCUGACCUGUCGAAGUUGUUUUCACUUUCGCCGUGGCAUCACGAGACAGCUGCGUCAAUUAUACUACCAGAGUCGCAAUGCACCAUACGGGAGCAGCCUCCGCCCAGAGCCGCGCGGCCACCGCUGGAGUUAUCAGAGAUGCCGCCCCUUCUUAACGAUAGCGCUAUCAGCGAGCGCAUUCUGGAGCUUAUAGUUGAUCUUGGAAACACUGUUCUGUAUCGGAAGGCAGUCACCGAGCUGCAAAAGAUUAAAGCGCGCAAGCCGAUGGCUUUCCGCAGCGCGGAAUUCUUCAAGACGGUCAUGGGGCUGAUGGAGUGGAACCACUACCGACUCGGCGUCCGUAGAAUGGUGAUUGACCUGUUUGAGAAGACCGUCAUGCGUCAAAUCGUGUUUGAAGAAGAGGAGAGCGAUAGUAGUGAGGAGGACGAGAGUAGUCAGGUGGAGGUGGAUGACAGUGUUAGCUCUGGAGAUGAUAGGGAUGAUAGGACAGAGAGGCAGAGGAGCAUAAGUGAGCCUAUGGAGCCGCCGCCGGAUUUACUGCCGGCGCCUCUGCGAGUACGCCGAUGA